UUUUACUUACUAAUUUAUGUAAAUGGUUUCGAAGCGGUAUUCACAGCACGUAACUACUACUAUUUAUGUACGUUAUGUAUUUAAGGAGCGACGUAUAGCGACUAAUUGUUGAUAACGUCUAAAGCGCGUCUAAUCCACUAAUAACUCGUUGCAGUCGUGUGUUUUGCGGUUUUUAUCAGCUCGGAAAGUAAGAAUUUGGAAUCGUGUUGAAAUCGGACUCGACCUUUGCAGGUUUUUACUAGAUCAACUCUACUCACCUUAUUUCUGAGAGAAGCGGAGAAUGUUUGUUUUUUUUUUCACGGACACGGAUAGAUGGACUACUAAAUGCGGAAUGGAUGGAUUUCUAUCAGUAAUCGUCUGGACAGAAUAGAAAACGAAAUCCGUUUGCUUCUGGACACGCAACGCAAGAAAAUUACAAUAAGUGGUAAUCUUCCAAGUGUAACAUCUUCGGAAGUCAACGAGUUCGUAAGCAACAGAACGCGCAGCUCUUCCGCUCCAUCGAAACACAUAUGCUCAAAAAGCGAGUGCAGCGAUUGCAACAGAGGUCGUUGCUUGUCUCUGAAGCGGACGAAAAGCUCUUUCACAACCUGCAGCUGUCCGUGUUCGCAAGAUCGGUGCCCGAAGAAGAGGAAUAAAUGCUUGGAAUCAGUUCCAAUAUGUCCUUGUCCACCCACUUGCGAUCCUUUCGAAUGCUCCAAUCACGAGGAAGGAUCAUGCUGCAAUCACGAAGAACCCAACGAUCUUUGUUCCUCGACGUGCAGACUCAGAUAUAUGGAGCAGAAAUUGAAAGAGGAAAGUAAGCGAAACGAUUGUUUGGAAAAGGAAAUUAUAAAGCUGAGGGAGUUGAUUAAGGAGCUGAAUAAAAAUCAGGAGACGGCUUCGGAGAUUUGCAAGAAGUGGAAGGAAAAGUACAAAGUUUUGAAGAAGGAUCAGAGCCAUGUCGGAGAUGAUGUCAGGAAAAGACAGCUGUGCACUUUGGAGGAGGAAAAGUCGCAGGCUUUGAUCACCAUUCGUAAUUACGAAAAGCAGAUAUCGUGCCACAAGAUGAUCGCUGAUAAAUAUGAUAAAUUGUUGAAGAUUGUGACGGAGAAGAAUUGCACUAUUGGCGAUCUGGAGCAGCAGGUGAGGGAGCGCGACAACGAGAACAAAAUGAUUUACACGAAGUGUCGCGAUUUGGAGAACGACCUGACCAUUGCAAACGAAAAGUAUAAUCAGCUUAGGAAGACUAACGAACAUCUUGCUGCUGAAGUCAUCAAUAAAUGCAAAUGCUUCGAGGCUAGCAAUUCUGUAACAGAAACUGAACUGAAAAAAUACAGAAUGGAAGUAGAAAAGGCUAAAGAAGAGGUGAUUAGAUUACAAGAUCAAUUGAAUCACGCUCGUUGUCAAUUAGGUGAAGAUUUGAAUAGAGUAACAUUGUUGGAGACGGAGUUACGUGGCGCAAAGAAACGGGAUAAAUGCGCUAAAAAGAUCAUAGCCACCUUGGAAAUUAAGUUAGAAACCAUGGAGACAGACUAUGGUAAACUGAAGAUCACAUGUCAGAAUAAGCUGUUGAAAAUGGAAGUAGAAAACGAAAAGUUGAAGAAACGUUGUGAACAUUUAGCCGACGAAUUAAACGAUUUGAAUGUGAAGAGCACCACCAGGGUGAAAUCUUUAGAAUCGGAGAUGGAAAGCUUCAAGUCGUGUUCGUGUCUGAAAGAGCAGGAGUUGAUUGCUGAAAAGGAUGAGCUUCGGAAUCUCAUACAGGAGCUAUCUGACGUUGUGGCGCGACAAAAGGAGAGAAUAAAUGAUCUGAUCAGUUUGAAGAAUCAGCAGAACAGCAUCAUAGCCGUGCAGAAUUCGUCGCUGAGCUCGAAAGAGUCCGAGCUGCGGACGCACGAGGUCGAGGCGGUAAAGGUGAAGACCCAAUACGCAGACUUGGAGAGGCACAUAAGAUCCUUGAAGGAUUCGCUCAAGACAGACAGCCUCAUCGGUAACGCCACAUUGGAGAAUGAAAUCAACGCUCUCAGAAAAUUAUUGGAUGAGCAGAAGGACAAGCUCAAGAUUAAGGAUAAGAUGCUGGAUGACCAGACGAAUACGAUUAUGCAGUUAAGGAGAAAGAUCGGUGAAAAGGAGGAUACCGUGGCUUCACUGUACCGCGAGCUGAACGGCGAACGCAAGGAAAAAGCAGAUCUGGAGAAGAGAUUGACGAAAAGCGAAUCGGAAAAGGACGCAAUCAAUAUGAAUCUCGUUAACGCCAAAAAGGAAUGCCAAAUGCAGUGCAGCCUGAUUUCCAAUCUGGAGAAGAAGUUCAAGCUGAAAUGUCAGGAGUGGAGACUGCAGAGUGACCUGUACUUCAAAGAAAAGGAGAACGCGUUGAAUGCAGCAAGAUUCGCCACGCAGCAGCUGAAUAGCAGUAUGAAGGAGUUCCAGGAUCAGUGCCAUUCCCACAACAAGCUUCGGGUCACCUUGACACAUCUGCUGCGUGAAAAAGAUGUAAAGUUAAAGUCAGCUAUAGCCGAGAUAAGUUCCCUGACCCUUGACCCGGAAGUGCUGGCAAUAACUGACGACGUUGACCCCGACGGAAAUAGAUCGGAUCGAAUGGAAAGCGAAAUCAGCAAGGACCAGACUUGGAAAUCGACGAUUGAAAAAUCAGAGAAACAUAAAGUGGAUGACCGUAAUCCUUUUUCCUGUCUACUCAAACAGCCGCAGCCUAAGGCUUCGACAGUUAAAAAGGAUAAGUGUUGCGGCGUCGCAAUGGAAUAUGAACAGCAAUAUUAUAAGCAGGUCAAAGAUACGAUAAACAAGAUUUUCGACGAUGCAGCCGUGUCCAGCGAUUCGGAUCACCUGAACAAAGUCGAAUACAUAAGCGAUACUCUCUCGGAUUGCAGCUGUCUGUAUUCAAAUCCUGAUUUUGUGUGUUCAACCGAAUGCUCGAGAUAUUCAAAUCGUACCAAAACAGAUAGUAAAAAGACUUAAAUUAUUGUCUUUUCAUCAAUUAUAAUAGUAUAAUAUACAUUGUAUAAUAAUUCAUAUAAAAUUAAAUAAGCUCAAAGUCUU